AUGACCACUGUGCAUAGCCAUCCUGCUCUGCAGGCGGUUGCCGUGGAACAUGGCCACGAAAAUCCGUCUUUGUCAACCCUGACCAAUCCAGGUAUGCUGCUGCGAUAUCGUGACACUCCUUCCAGUCCCUAUCGAUUCGGCGAGUCGUCGUUUCAGAGCUCCGAUACCGAGCCAUCUCCAUCAUCGUCGACUGGUUUCGCCUCCCCUGCUUCUACUGAAGCAUUUGAGAUUGGCACCGCCAGAACCUUUCUGAUGCCAAUACGCCCCAAGCCUGCUCCACCCUCGAGCAAUCCUCUACUUUUCAAGGGCUAUUCGCAUAGCGCGCCGCUCAGCGAUAUUGGCGAAGAAGAAUCUACUCCAAAGUCGAAGCGACUAAGAAGCAGAUCGCCGAGUCCUACAGCAAGCUCUCCAGCAAUAGCCCCGCAGUUGCCCGGUUCGUGGGGCCAGAAACGCGAAAAGCGGCUGAGCCUAAUGUCGAGCUCGUCCAGUAUGAGCAUCGGUUCAGACUUGCAAUGGGAGGCGUUUGACACAAGAGCUGGUAUGAGUGACAGAUUGAGAGCAGAUCUUGCCGCUGCUGGAGACGACAGCUUCAACCUGGAUGGUUUUGACAACAAAAGGGACAGCAUGGCUACAAACGGGGAUGAUGAAUAUUCAUCGCAAGCGUUGAGCAAGAAGGCGGAACAAAUAUUGGCCAGUGCAAAGAAACGGUUAACGAAUAUGGAAGGCAACCUAAGCAAAGCUCGAACAUCAUUGCUGGAAACCCCCAAGGGCUCGCCAUCAGCAAGCGAUUACAAGCAAGCAGGUGGUCUAUAUCGUUCUAUUUCUCAGGGAGGAGAUAGGAGGCUGUCGCAGAGCUCGAAUGUUCGUAAGGCAAGACAAUCACACACUAUCACAAAUGGAGCAGGCUCAUUGCAUGUAAGAAAUCUUUCCGAUACUUCGGUGCUUUCCGGGGCUGCCAAAUACCCCAGGCCUCCCGAAGUCAGGUCUGCCAGUGCCAUGGACUACGGGUAUGGCAGCCAUAGCAUCGAUUCUAUGCUCUAUGACAGGUCGAAAAGUGCAACGCCUGGGUUGUCUCCUACUCUAAGUCGAAUUCAGCUCAGUCCUUUGACCACCCUACAGGAGGAGGAGGGCAACCCGCCAACGGGUAUUACAUCCUCUAAUCCGUCACAAAGUCGAGGACUUGGGAUUCGGAAUCAUAAAUUCCAUUCAUGCAAUACAAGCCAUGAAUCCAGCUUUGGCUUCACAAGAUCUCAAUCGCAGAGGUCGACUCGAGAACUUUGGGAUCAGGUGAAUGGACUUAGAAGCAAGAUAGCAGAUCUUUGCACCGGACAACAGGCGGAACGAUACAGGAGAAACAGCCUCCAGAACCUGCGAACUCCGAGUUCGGUUGCAGCAGCUGAAGAAUGGUAUCUAGGGGCUGCCGAGUAUAAGGCCGGCGAGAGUCCACUCAGCACGAGUGCGGGUAUGGGUUGGAGAUCUGGGAAGGAUCGGGAGGAGGGCUCUACGAAAUCGCCUACCUUUUCUCAGUCACCCCAGUCGCCACAAACUCCCAGAUCACCGAGACGUUCUCAGUCACCUUGUUCUGCAAAGGAUUCAGGGUUCGAGGAGGUUCAAAGAGGUCCUAGUCCUGUAGCGCAUUCUGGACGAGACUUCCACUCACAUUCGAACAGUCUAAACUCCCCCUCAGCCUUGAGAGGAAUCAAUGGCGACGGAGACGAUCAGGAUUCCUACAUACAGGAAUCACAGUAUGAAGACGCCUUUGGGGGUGGAUCCGAGGAAAUUGGAGACGUCGUCGCCGCAUCAGAAGAAGAGCAAAUAUAUCUGAAUGAAGUGCUGGAAGAGUCCUUACAGGACGUCGAGCCAGCGGUUCCGCCUAUUCCUGAUGUGAUACAUGUUGCCGAGCCUGAGCGUCACGAAGAUCGUGCAGAUGCUUUUGAUUACGAGAACUUCUUUCUGCAUUCCGCGUUGGGAAAUUACUCUCAAACCGGGUAUCACCGUCGAAAUCUUAGUCAAGCUACUGCCGAAUCGCGAGCAAGUUAUCAAAGUACCGAGAGCGUCGAGACGACAAGAGGGCCUCAAGCAAGAGAGAACGAGCCGAUCUCAGAGGAAGACGCGGAAAGACUAAAGGGAGAUGGAAGGGAGGUUAGAGACGCUGAGACAUCAUGGCAAGACGAACCACCAAACCAAACAGCUCCAAAUCCACCUUUUGCGCAGCAGCAUCUCCGAACCCACAGCAUCGAAUCAGUGUCGACUACUGCGACUUUUGCUACUGCCACAGAGGGAGGAGGCGAUGACAGCGAAUCCGAAACUGACACCGUACCCUCCGAAAUCCUGCAUUGGGGUGAACGACCCCUUCCGAGUACCAACAAUAUGGUUGGUGCGUGGCCGAGUCCGCCAGCCAGCUCGCCCCGUGGCCUCGCAAAUCUGCCAAAUGGUCAUGCCUCACCACUCGGCAUUCAUGUCAUUCAAGCUGAGAGCGACGAUCUGACGGCACCGAGUUCCGACGCCUUGCCCACGCCGCCAACAAGUUCUCCUCUUCAUCAGGAGACAGCACAAGAGGAGCAGGAAGAUGAAGAAUCCGACCAUGAGGCCGGAGAAGACGAUGACCAUUCCUCGCAACAACAGCCGCCCAACACCGAAAUCCUGGUCUCAGCGCUCAUCACGCUCGCGAAUCCGGACUUCAAACCCACAAGAUCUUUCUCCGAACUGGAUAAAGAACUCGUCAUCAGCGUUCUAAGGAGCGUGGGUGGCGUUUGUGAGGGAAUUGAUGCCAGUGACUCGAGGGGUGAGGUGCAAGAAACUAGGGUUUGGAGGAGGCGGCUAGAUACUGCAAGGAGGCUUUUGGAGGGGGAGAUCGAGAUUGAGGAUGAUUGA